AUGGAAAAUCCAAAAUUAUUCUACAGCUACAUAAGAAGCAGCACACGAAACAGAGAUCCAAUCCCCCUCCUGAAGACAAGCGGAGACGUAGAGAUUAGUGAGGAUGGAGAAAAAGCUGAGCACUUUUCACAAUUUUUCAAAUCCAUCUUUACUAUUGAAAGUCCAUUUACUCUUCCCGACUACGAAUUCGAUGAGGGUCCAAAAAUUGAGUCUGUAUCUUUUGAUGAAGCGACGGUUCGCAAAGAGCUAAUGACGCUUAAUGUGUCGAAAUCACCAGGUCCAGACGACAUACCGCCUAAGUUACUGAAGGAGCUCGCUGCCGAACUAGCCAAACCAUUGUCCAUGCUUUUCCAAGCCUCGUUCGAAGCCGGCUGCUUGCCCGCCGACUGGAAAUCUGCGCGGAUCACACCACUGCAUAAAGGAGGCAGCAAGGCCUCUGCAAACAAUUAUAGGCCAAUUAGCCUCACCUCCAUCUGCUGCAAACUCAUGGAGAAAAUAAUCAAGCGAGAGCUGAUGCGCUUCCUAGAGCAGCAUAAUCUAUUAUCUGAUGCGCAACAUGGGUUUCGUAGUGGCAGGUCUUGCGUGACUAACUUGCUCAACUGUUUGGAACGUUGGACUCGGUCAGUUGAUGAAGGCAAUGCGCUGCAUGUAGUCUAUAUCGACUUUAAAAAGGCAUUUGAUAGUGUCCCACAUCAGCGACUCCUGCACAAACUGAGCCGAACAGGCAUUAGGGGUAACCUCUUAAAAUGGAUUCAAAGCUUCCUGUUAGACCGUUGUCAAACUGUCCAUGUCGGUGGCCAGAAGUCGACGGAGGUUGCCGUUGAAAGCGGUGUUCCCCAAGGCUCAGUUCUUGGUCCUACUUUGUUCAUCAUUUACGUCAACGAUUGCGUGAGUGAACUGGAUUGUGGUGUCGCCAUGUUUGCGGAUGACAUUAAGCUCUGGAGCGUCAUUCGAACUGCAGAUGACGAGGAGCAUCUGCAGGCGAACCUAAACCGACUCCAACAGUGGUCAAAGGCCUGGCUUCUGCAGUUCAACGAGAAAAAGUGCAAUAUUCUACGAGUCGGCAGAGCUCGCUCUCCGAACCAUAUGGCCUACUGCCUAAAUGGUAUACGACUGCAAGAAGUGGACUCGCAGAAGGACUUAGGAGUAUGGAUUACGACCUCGCUCAAACCCUCGCUGGACUGCACGAAGAUAGCCAAGUCUGCAAUGUCAGUCCUCUACCUUGUCAAGCGGGCUUUCUCUGCCUUUGAUGAAGACUGCUUCGCUAAAGUCUUUCGAACGUUUGUGCGUCCGGAGCUAGAAUUUGCUAUCCAAGCUUAG